AUGACCCCACAUUCCUGAACUUCAAGAAGGGAGAGCUCAUCAUAAUAAUCAAAGACGACGAGUUUUCUCAGCAGCGUGGCUGGAUGAAGGGCCAGAGCGAGAGCACGAAACAAACAGGAGCCGUCCCGGUGGAGGCCAUUUUAAUCCUGCCGACACUCAGCAAACCCACCAAAGAGGUCAUGAGCCUCCUCAACUUAUCUCCGAACCAGAGGAAGGACAUCAUUCAGGCAAAUCUGAAAGAAACAGGAACUAUGGAGAGAUUAGCUCCGGUAUCGCUGAGAGAAUUCUCCCUCGAGUACUUCAGGCAGCCCACUAAGGAUGUGAACCGCCAGGUGAUGUCCAGGAACGCCGCCCCCGAGAGGCUGUGGGCGAACUCCAGAGAGCCAAUCAGACAGCCGCUCCUCAAGAAGCUGGUGGGAAACCCCGACCUGAGCCACAAAGCCUGUCUGGCCUUCACUGAUAUCCUUUACACUCAAGAGUUAU